AACCCGCAACGGCUAUUUUCUCCUCCCCGUUGGGCGUCGGCGCAGCCAGUAGUAGCCGUUGCUGUGCGGCGGCGUUCCCCUCUCCUUCCUCCUCCUCCUGCUACAAAUAGUCGCCGGCGGCCGAUCCCUAAACCCCACAGCGCAAUCGCGCAUCUCCUCUCUCUCCCUCUCCCGGCCCUCCUCUCCGCCUCCUCACGCCGAUCUCCAGCGAUCGGGGAGACCACGAGACGCGCGCCCUUCUCUCGCUCGCUCGCUCAUUAAAGCUCUCGAUUUCUCACGUCUUUGCGUUUCCGUUCGUGUUCAGUUCACUAACCUGCAUUAAUCCGUGUUUUUCUUUUCAGUUCCAUUGAUUCCCCUGUUUGUUGCUAUUAUUACUGUUUUUUCUUCUUGUGCUUCUUGUUGUUGUUCGGUUUCUGCUAACCAUGGACGCAGGCUCCCGCUCGAUCUCAUCGGAGAAGAGCCGCGCGUCGGCGGCGCCGCGGCCGCCGCUGCAGGAGGCCGGCUCCCGGCCCUACAUGCCGCCGCUCAGCUCGGGGUCGCGCAACCCAUCGGCCAAGUGCUACGGCGACAGGUUCAUCCCAGAUAGGUCGGCGAUGGACAUGGACAUGGCGCACUACCUGCUCACGGAGCCCAGGAAGGACAAGGAGAACGCGGCGGUGUCACCGUCCAAGGAGGCGUACCGGAGGCUGCUCGCCGAGAAGCUGCUCAACAACCGGACGCGGAUCCUCGCCUUCAGGAACAAGCCGCCGGAGCCGGAGAACGUCGCGGCUGCCGACGCGACUUCCUCCCACCACGCCAGGCCGGCCAAGCAGCGGCGCCACAUUCCCCAGUCUGCGGAGAGGACUCUGGAUGCACCAGAGCUCGUUGAUGACUACUACCUCAACCUGCUCGACUGGGGGACCAAUAACGUGUUGUCCAUUGCUCUGGGUGAUACGGUCUACCUGUGGGACGCCUCGAGCGGAUCCACUUCUGAGCUUGUGUCCGUCGACGAGGACAGCGGUCCCAUCACCAGUGUCAGCUGGGCUCCCGACGGCCGGCACAUUGCUGUUGGGCUCAACUCGUCUGACGUCCAGCUCUGGGACACCAGCUCUAACCGAUUGUUGAGAACACUCAGAGGUGUGCAUGAGGCAAGAGUUGGCUCACUGGCAUGGAACAACAGCAUCCUGACGACUGGUAGCAUGGACGGCAAGAUCGUCAACAACGACGUGAGGAUUAGGAACCACAUGGUGCAGACAUACGAGGGGCACAGCCAGGAGGUUUGCGGGCUCAAGUGGUCUGGAUCAGGGCAGCAGCUGGCCAGUGGGGGCAACGACAACCUUCUGCAUAUUUGGGAUGUGUCGAUGGCAUCCUCCAUGCCUUCUGCCGGCCGCAACCAGUGGUUGCACAGGCUCGACGAUCACAUGGCCGCUGUGAAGGCACUGGCAUGGUGCCCAUUCCAGAGCAACUUGCUGGCAACUGGUGGUGGUGGCAGCGAUCGGUGCAUCAAGUUCUGGAACACACACACCGGUGCAUGUCUGAACUCUGUUGACACUGGUUCACAGGUUUGCUCCCUUCUCUGGAACAAGAAUGAGAGAGAGCUGCUGAGUUCACAUGGAUUCACACAGAACCAGCUAACCUUGUGGAAGUACCCAUCAAUGGUGAAGAUGGCCGAACUCACUGGCCAUACCUCUCGUGUGCUUUUCAUGGCUCAGAGCCCUGAUGGUUGCACAGUGGCCUCAGCAGCUGCUGACGAGACCCUCCUUCCUAGAUUCAGCAAAUUGAGCUUCAACUUUCUUAUUGAGCGAGAACAUUAUGAGUUCAUUUUUUCUUAUUAAUUUCUUGCUGAAUGUUCCAGAUGAGAUCUACACCUUGGUUAAGCAGGCAGCGUGAGGGAGCAAAAUUCUAAUCCAUCAUUAGGGUAGUGCCCGAUUUCUCAGUUGCUAACACAAAAGUUCAGGUCAUCUUAGAGUUGAAACUGAACCUAGAAUUUUUGUUUGGUUAUCCUUCAGUAGGAAGGUCAACAUCACUGGCAGAGUUGGCCGUCUUCAUCAUCAACUAGAUGAUAUCUGCAAUGUCACCAAAACAUCGAAAGAAGGCAUCUAAUCCAUCAUUGUGCAGGAUUAUGUGUAUACCCGUCAUUAGUACUGUUCCAUGUACAUCAAAAUACAAUGUGUUCUUCCCAUUUGGUUGCAGCAUCAAUAAGCCUGUUUGAUGCGGCAGUUUGUAAAUUAAGCGAUAACCAUUCUUUUCAAAGUUAUAAUGGAAUACUUGUUCUGUUUUUCCUUAAA